GGCGUGAAUUCCUUUUUGUGCUGACGAAUAUCAUCAGGACCGAAAGCCAGGUUCAAGCGCUUUGCCCCGAGUUUCCCCUUGCCAAAGCGGUGUGUACUACCGACAGAAGCUGCACUAAAGGCCGAGUGGACCAGGGUAACGGCAUCCAGACGGGGAAGUGUGUGAAAUAUAACAGCACCGUCAACACGUGCGAAGUCUCAGCUUGGUGUCCCGUGGAGUCGGCCAAAACCGCCCCAGCACCAGCCAUUCUUGACAGCGCUGAGAAUUUCACCGUGCUUAUCAAAAACAACAUCCACUUUCCAAAAUUUGACUAUACCAAGUAAAAAAAUAUUCCCCUGGAAUUUAAUAUUUCCUGUACAUACCACAAGCACAGAGCUCCGCUUUGCCCCAUUUUUCGGCUGGGGGAUAUUCUUGAAGAGGCAGGAGAGAAGUUUUCAGAGAUGGCCAUUCAGGGAGGCAUCAUUGGCAUUGAAAUUAAUUGGGAUUGUAACCUAGACAAAUGGGGGUACCGUUGCAGCCCCAACUAUGGUUUCCGGCGCCUGGAUGACAAACGGACCAAUGAAGCCUUAUACCCUGGCUACAACUUCAGAUUUGCCAGGUAUUACAAGCAGCCAGGUGGAAAGGAGGAAAGGACCCUGAUCAAAGCUUACGGCAUCCGUUUUGACAUCCUCAUCUUUGGCACGGCCGGGAAGUUUGACAUCUUUGAGAUCGUGGUCUACAUUGGAUCAGUCCUCUCCUACUUCGGCGUGGCUCAGAUAGUUGUGGAUUGCCUGCUCACUGCUACAUGUUGCUGCUGCUGCAAACCUGAUCCGGUGAAGGAGUAUUAUCGCAAUAAGAAAUUCCAGGAGGUGCUGGGACCAAGACGUACUCUGUUCUACGUGACUUUUGUUGAUGAGCCUGGCAUCCUGAUGAUUGACAAGUUGUCCGAGACCAGUUUGCAGAACAUCAAGGGCAGGAUGAUUGACAAGUACCAAGGCGAUUUCAUGCCGUCUUCCCAACUUCCAUAUCGGGACCGGACCACGUCCCCGCAAAACCCGGAAGAGCUGCAGCUCCUCCAGAACCGAAGGGAAGGUCCUUGCUUCCGCGAACGUCCUUCUUGGUGCUGCUGUGGAAAGUGCCGUCCGGCAGACCCUUUCUGCGAACGGCUCUGCUGCCGAAAAACCGACGGAGCCUGCAUCGCCGAUUCACCUCUCUUUGAGCAGCUGGUCCUCUCCCGAUCCGUGCUGGAGUUUGUUCUGCUCUACAAAGAUCCCUUCUUGGAUUUGCAAGGUUCCGGGGCCGCCAACAAGCCCUUCCGGCACUGCGCAUACGAGCGGUAUAUUCACUGGCGCUUUGGCGAGGGUGACCUGAGCUCCCGGGCUGUGAUCCCCAAUUGCUGCAGGUGGAGAAUCAGAGAUGCCUUUCCAAGCGAGAACGGGGAGUACAGCGGUUUUGGGAAGAGGAAGUAACCGUUGGUUGCACCUCUGCGUCGUGGCCUUAAGGGUGGAUACCCCGCAGGCGCCAAUUAAUUCUUUUUUCUCCUCCUGCUUUUCGGAAUCUUGCCAUUUGUGGUUCUGCCCUCAUCUUGGCUCUUGAACUAGAGGAUGUUAAGACCAUUGCAGAAGUCACCAACCUUUCGGAGCUCAGGAAUUGGAAUUUAUUGCAUUUAUAUGCCGCCCUUUUCCCCGGAGGGGACU